UGGAGCAGGCUCAAAGGUUCAAAUGGCCUACUUCUCCUCCUGUUUUCUUUCUUUGUUAUCCUGUAAGUUCUGACAUUAACAUUGUUCUCUUGUGGCAGAGUGGUGGCAUCCCUGUCUCUAGGCCAAAAGAUCCAAGUUCAAGUUCCACUUGUCCCGUAGGUAUGUCAUAAGUCAAGAUGUCAGCGGAGGAGUAGGCUUACCUGAUAAAAGAGAGCUCUUCUGUCAAAAAGCAACUUUAAUGGGCUCUGGAGCAGAGGCAGCGUGGCUACAGAGCCGGUGGGUCAGCCUGUGAAGCUUGGAGCAAGACUUUUACUUCUGUGCAAUGGGCCCCUGGCGGUGGCAAGGUCUGGGCUCGUGUAGCAUGAAGUGGGACUGUAACAGCAGGGAAGGAAAAGUUGGACUCUCUCUCUCAAUUUUUUUUAAAAAUUCUGUUAAUGUGAAUGGCACCUAUGUACAGUGAUGGUAUACAUUUUUCACUGUGUUUUAUAUUGAAUACACUCGACAAAUGAUUCAAUUCAUAAAAUGUCUGAACUGGUUGAUUCAAACUACUUACAAGAACAAAGCUUGUCAGCAGUUAAAUAAUCCUCUCACUAUGAUCUCUGUAUCCAUUGUAAUCUGCUCUCUACUUGUUCUGCACUGCUGUAAUCAUUUCUGCUCUUCAGCUUUCUCCUCCACUUUCUAUGUUGCCAGUUCAUUCCUCCACCCUUUCUCCUCUGUUUAUCCUCACUUAAAAGUAAUCUUAUCUAUUUCACUGGCAUCUUUCUCAAAAGGUGAGAUUCUUACUUUGUUCAGAUGUCACUUUGCAGUCAAUAGUUUUAUAAAAUCAGACUUCAGCAGGUCAUCGGUCUUCCUAAUUCACCACCUCAUUCUAGUUUUGUCACCCGUUGAGAUGUCUUGGAAAUUUAUGUUUUUCAAUGUUAGGUAUGUGCCAUCAUUCAGAACAUUACUGUGAAGUGGAGGAUGGAUUAAAGAAAGCUGUAUCUUCUGUUCAGUAUGAAGUGCUAUCUGGUUGGAUGCUUCAUAAAGCUUUCUGAAUGCUGUUUCACUCAUGUUUUAGCGAAUCUGACAUCAAUAAUAUCUUGGUGACCCUUGAGUAAACUGGCUCAUUAAAUCUGUAUUAUGAGUUGUAGUCUGUGGAUUAGUAUCCAUAGGAGCCAAGCAGCCUAGUUAUCAGGGAUUGUCUCAAAUCUACAUUUAAUGUGUGUGAAAGACUUAACUAGCACACUGUGUUGCCUGGUGUGCUUACUAGACCUUUUGAUUCUACUAACAUUCAAUGCAGAAUAUUCUGACAAAUCUGAACUGUUGUGUUUCAGUCGACUCCGCAGGAAGAUUGCUUGUGGCUGGAGGAGCAGCUGUAGGUCUUGGGGCACUUUGUUACUAUGGACUGGGAAUGUCCAACGAGAUUGGAGCCAUUGAGAAAGCUGUCGUUUGGCCACAGUAUGUGAAAGAACGGAUCCGCUCCACAUACAUGUAUUUUUCAGGAGGAAUAGGACUCACAGCACUGUCGGCUGUAGCGAUCAGCAGAUCACCAGCAAUCAUGAAUCUUAUGAUGAAGAAUUCCUUCCUGGCAAUAGGAGCCUCAUUUGCAGCAAUGAUAGGAGCAAGUGUUUUGGUGAGGUCUAUACCCUAUGAGGAAGGGCUGAAUUCGAAGCACUUGGCCUGGCUACUGCAUUCAGGUGUGAUGGGAGCUGUGGUUGCUCCAAUGGUUCUUCUUGGUGGCCCCAUCCUAAUGAGAGCUGCCUGGUACACAGUAGGGAUUGUUGGUGGUCUCUCCACUGUGGCUAUGUGUGCCCCCAGUGAAAAGUUCCUGCACAUUGGUGGGCCAUUGGCUGUUGGUCUGGGAUUGGUUUUUGCUUCCUCUAUAGGCUCCAUGUUCCUGCCCCCUACCUCUGCAUUUGGCGCUGGUCUGUAUUCUGUAGCUGUCUAUGGAGGCCUUGUCCUUUUUGGCAUGUUCCUGUUGUAUGAUACCCAAAAAGUGAUCAAACGAGCGGAGAUGUACCCAGUAUACAGCGUUCGGAAAUUUGAUCCCAUUAAUGCGUGUAUGGGGAUCUAUAUGGAUACAUUAAAUAUCUUCAUUCGAGUAGCAACUAUUCUGUCAAGCAGUGGCACUGGCAGGAAGAACUGAUGGGAAGAAAACUGGCUGAUUAAACUAGGACUUUGUGAAUCUGCUUUCCAAUAUGUAUAAGUUGCUGAACCAUCACUGUACCUGCUGAUCAGAGCCAAGUAUAAACCCUCUGCUGAAAUAGCUCGCAAUAAAGGGACAGUGGCUUAACGUGGA